AUGGAGGGGCUCAUCCCGCUCGUCAACCGGCUGCAGGACGCCUUCGCGGCGCUGGGCCAGAGCUGCCUGCUCGACCUGCCGCAGAUUGCGGUGGUGGGCGGGCAGAGCGCCGGCAAGAGCUCCGUGCUGGAGAACUGCGUCUCCAGGGAUUUUCUUCCACGAGGUUCUGGAAUUGUUACAAGACGACCAUUGGUCUUGCAACUCAUCACUGCCAAAACAGAGUAUGCUGAAUUUCUACACUGCAAAGGGAGGAAAUUUACUGAUUUUGAUGAAGUUCGUCAGGAAAUCGAAGUAGAAACAGAUAGAAUAACAGGAGUGAACAAAGGCAUUUCUUCAAUUCCUAUUAAUUUAAGAAUAUAUUCUCCACAUGUAUUAAGCCUGACUCUUAUUGAUUUGCCGGGAAUCACUAAAGUGCCAGUAGGGGAUCAGCCUCCAGAUAUUGAGCAACAGAUCAGAGACAUGAUAAUGCAGUUCAUCUCUCGAGAAAACUGUCUGAUACUGGCUGUGACUCCAGCUAACACUGAUCUGGCCAACUCAGAUGCACUGAAGUUAGCUAAAGAAGUGGACCCUCAAGGCCUUAGGACCAUCGGUGUGAUCACAAAAUUGGAUCUGAUGGAUGAAGGAACAGAUGCAAGAGAAAUUCUAGAAAACAAACUACUCCCUCUUCGUAGAGGUUAUAUUGGUGUUGUAAACAGAAGCCAGAAAGACAUUGAUGGGAAGAAGGACAUAAAGGCAGCUCUUCUAGCAGAAAGGAAAUUCUUUCUUUCCCACCCAGCAUAUAGGCACAUGGCAGAUCGCAUGGGAACACCAUAUCUCCAAAAAGUUCUAAACCAGCAACUUACCAAUCAUAUUCGGGAUACCCUGCCAGCCUUCAGAAGCAAACUCCAGAGCCAGAUGCUUUCUAUAGAACAUGAAGUAGAGGUAUACAAAAACUUCAGACCAGAAGAUCCAACCAGAAAAACGAAAGCCCUGUUGCAGAUGGUACAACAGUUUUCAGUGGACUUUGAAAAAAGAAUCGAAGGAUCAGGAGAUCAGGUUGAUACACUAGAACUUUCAGGAGGUGCCAAAAUCAAUCGUAUUUUCCAUGAACGUUUUCCUUUUGAACUAGUGAAGAUGGAAUUCAAUGAGAAGGAACUGCGGAGAGAAAUAAGUUAUGCCAUCAAGAACAUACAUGGUAUCAGAACAGGUUUGUUUACUCCAGAUAUGGCGUUUGAAGCCAUUGUUAAAAAACAGAUAGUCAAGCUGAAAGGCCCUUGCUUAAAAAGUGUGGAUCUGGUGAUGCAAGAGUUAAUCAACACUGUCAAGAAGUGCACUAAAAAGUUGGCAACAUAUCCAAGGUUGUGUGAGGAAACAGAAAGAAUUGUUGCUGGCUACAUUCGUGAAAGAGAAGAGAAGACCAAGGAUCAGGUGCUGCUGCUGAUUGAUAUCCAGGUUUCUUACAUCAACACCAACCACGAAGACUUCAUUGGCUUCGCAAAUGCCCAACAAAGAAGCAGUCAGGUUAACAAAAGUGCAGUGGGAAAUCAGGGAACCAAUCUACCGCCUUCAAGGCAAAUUGUCAUCCGGAAAGGUUGGCUGACCAUCAACAAUAUUGGCAUCAUGAAAGGAGGAUCCAAAGAAUACUGGUUCGUUCUAACUGCAGAAAGCUUGUCCUGGUAUAAAGAUGAUGAGGAGAAAGAGAAGAAGUAUAUGCUUCCUUUGGACAACUUGAAAGUGCGAGAUGUUGAAAAGAGCUUCAUGUCUAGCAAACAUAUCUUUGCAUUGUUUAACACAGAGCAGAGGAAUGUUUACAAGGAUUACCGUUUCCUUGAGCUAGCCUGUGACUCCCAAGAGGAGGUGGAUAGCUGGAAGGCAUCUCUGCUACGAGCUGGUGUCUAUCCUGAUAAAUCCUCCACUGAAAAUGAUGAGAAUGGCCAAGCAGACAAUUUUUCAAUGGACCCCCAGCUGGAGAGACAGGUGGAGACAAUUCGAAAUCUUGUGGACUCGUACAUGUCUAUUAUCAACAAAUGUAUCCGAGAUUUGAUACCAAAAACAAUCAUGCAUCUUAUGAUCAAUAAUGUAAAAGAAUUUAUCAACGCAGAGCUCCUGGCUCACUUGUAUUCUUCUGAGGACCAAAACACUCUAAUGGAGGAGUCGGCUGAACAGGCCCAGAGGCGAGAUGAAACGCUCCGCAUGUACCAAGCACUGAAGGAAGCCCUAGCAAUCAUUGGCGAUAUUAGCACUAGCACUGUCUCAACCCCUGCACCCCCUCCUGUAGAUGACUCAUGGCUUCAGCAGGCCCGCAGGUCACCUCCUCCAAGUCCCUCAACUCAGAGGAGGCCCACAUUAAACAAUCCCCCAACCAGACCUUUAUCUGGCCGAGGACCCGCUCCUGCAAUCCCAUCUCCAGGCCCUCAGUCGGGGGCUCCCCCGGUCCCGUUCCGCCCAGGACCACUGCCUCCAUUUCCGAGUGGUGGUGAAGCCCUUGGAGGACCUCCCCAGGUUCCCUCUCGGCCGACCCGGGCUCCUCCCAGCGUCCCAAGUCGAAGACCACCCCCUUCACCUACUCGGCCCACUGUAAUUCGUCCGUUAGAUUCAUCCCUGUUAGACUAA